AUGGAAUCUGUUAAUAUCGUGAACACAAAUUAUGCAAGAUAUGGUGUUUCUGUUUAUCAACAAUUGUAUGGAGGAGAAAAUUCACGUUCUAGCAGUUAUCAAAAUGAAUACGAUAGUUCAAUGAAUUAUAAUAGUGGUGGUACUUAUAGCAAUAAUAAUAAUCAUAUUUGGAAUGAUAAUGCGACCAUUGUAUCCACUGCUUCUAAAAUUAAACAAAAGUAUAGAUCUCUAAUUAAUUCUUCUUCGAAGAAAUUGAAGAAUAAGAAAAAGAAGAAACAUGCAACUCUCAAAAAAGAAGAUGGAAUUAUCAAGAGAAGUAAGAGUGAUGAGGUUUAUAAAAAAAUAGAUGACUUGCCUUUAGAAUUAUUGGUAUUAAUUUUAUCAAAUUUAAACGAUGAUGAAUCUGCUGAUAAUCAAAAAGAGAAUUACAACGAAUUUUUAUACUAUUGUCUUUACGUUAAUAAGAAAUUCUACUUGGCCACCAAAACUUUACUAUAUGCAAGUCCCUAUUUAACGUCAACUUAUAGAGCAGCUCAAUUUGUUACUUCCUUGAGACUGUAUCCUGAUAAUGGUCUUUUAGUCAGAAAUUUGGAUUUAUCUAAAUUGAAAAAUGGCCUAUUGCCAUUUACCGAUAAUAAAAAUUCAAAUGAGAAUAGCAAUGCCAAUACUUCUCAACAAGAAGGUAAUCCACAAGUGGAUAACGCAGUUACAAAUACAGAGAUACCGCCAAUCAAUAAUAUCCCUGAGGAAAACACUUCAAAUAGUGAAACAAUUACAGUUCAAAAGCAAGUAGCACUUGCUACAUGGAGAGAUUGGAGGUAUAGAUAUGAUCCAUUAUACAGCUCUCCUCUGCUGAACAGUUUGAAUUGGAAAAAGGUAAGCUCUCAUUCUUCUUCAAAUUCUAUUGCAACACUCUCGAAUUCUUCAAUUGGGAAUAAUAAUAGCUCUUCAUCAACAAACUCUUCGGUUUUUAGUUCGAAUAGGCUGCGUUCGAACAGUUCUACUAGUUCAAUCACAAAUAGUAUAAUGUCAACUUUGACUAAUACUAUAACUAGUACAAUGACAAAUUCAAGUUCAAUUGUAGGAUCUAGUAAUGAAUCAAUCAAAAAAGUUCCAAGUAAUCUUAAUUCCUCAAGUAAUAGUAAUUCAAUAAGAAAAAGUCAAUGGUUAAACAGAUUAAAGUUUAAGAACUCCAAACAUAAUGUUGGUAAGAUCAAUCACAGUACUAUUUUGAAUAAAUCCGAAGUUAAUAACUCAGGAGCUGAAGAGGUUCAGGUGAAGGAAAGUGAGGAUAAAGAAAUUAAAGAUGUUGAUGGAGCCAAAUCUUUUAAUGAAGUUACUGUUCAUAAUCCAAAUGAGGAAAAGAAAAAGUACAAGAGGAAACAUCCAUAUGCCAACAAAUUCCUACUGAAGUAUUGUUCUUAUCGUGAUUUGCCAUUAGGAUAUGUGCUUCAUAUGUUGAAAUUAUGUCCAAACUUAGUGGAAGUUAAUUUUUCCAAUUUGGUCAUUUGUAAUGAUUUCCAUGUUAUCAAUCAUGAUAAAAGCAGUCAACAAUCAAUUGGUAUGUUAGUCUCAAAAUCCAAUCAGUUAAAUAAUAUUAGGAAUUAUCAAAAGGAGCAAUUUGAAAUUUUGCCUUCUCUGGAUGAAUCUGUUAUUGCUACAAGAUCGGACUAUACGCUAGAUGUAAUGUUCUUAACUGACUCUAGUAAAAAUUAUGAUUAUAUCGAUAUGAAAGAUACCAAGAAAAGAUCAAGAUCAAGUACAUUGUUUGACUCUAUGAAUUUAUCACCUAGUGAUAAUUAUAUUCAAACUACAAAGGUAAAUGAAGUAAAAAGACAGAGAAGUGUUGAAUUAAAACAAAUAAAUCCCUCUGAAAUAUUUAAUGAAUUAAUGUUCAUCGAUGACAACAACAUGUCAUUUACCCUGAAAAAUAUUAUUAUGAAUGGGGUUAUCUGGUGUAGGGAAUAUAUGAUUAAAAAUUUUGUAUUAUCAUUGUAUCAAAAGAACAUAAACAGAGCAAUUGAUCUAAGUUUUACCAAGUCAGGUUUGAACAGACGUGUUCCAUGGGCAAGUUCAGGUAAUUUAUUUGAUUUGGUAGCUUUACUAAUUAUGGAUGAAAUUUUGCAAAAAGAUAACUUGGCUCUAGAAUCAUUAUUCAAUAUAAAGAAAGAUCAAAUUUUUGGUAAAACAGAUUUCGAAUCCACUGUUAUAAAUAGCUCAGAAUUAUUGAAUAUCAAAUUUGGUAAACUCAAAGAUCAACAAGAUAAUUCGAUUGAUUGUAAAAUUAUUAUAGAAAGUUCUGAUGAUCCAACCACAUUUAACAUCAGAAAGGAAAAUGGCAUCACCGUAUUGACUAUUUACUUGUAUUCUCAAGAUAGUAUAUUUUUAACUGGUGUAUCUUCAACACAGGAAUUUGUUUCCAAACCAUGUAAGAAGAUUGAUAGAUUGACCAGAGAAUUAUUAUCCAAUAUCCGUGAAUUACAGUGUGAAGAAUUAAGGAUGAAUAUCGGUGAAAACAAUUAUGUCAUUUAA